AUGUCGAGAACACUGAGUGCCAUGUUAUCUUCAGGACACGUUUUUUGCUGGAAUGAGAUCGAGCCAAAGACUCAAUUACACGAGUUUGUGACACAAUAUGAAAAAGCAGUAACUCCUCGUCGUUUAAGUGAAGCCUAUGAAGAUUUUAAGAGUCUUAACACAAAGCUUGUCAUGAUCCUUGGACAUCCAAUUAAGGUCCAAGAUGGAGAAAUGUAUACACUCAAUAUGUUUGAUGUGUUCCAAACUGAAUUCAAAGGAUUUGGUACAGAGUUUUGUGAAGAAUUGAGAAAAGAUGGGGACAUUGUUGAAUACAAGAUCUAUAAGUUUACAGAUAGGAGAAAAUGGGAGGUGGUUACUUAUGAACAAUCCAGUCAGAUGCAGUUCUGUUGCACUUGUGCUUUGUUUGAAACUAAUGGUGUUGUAUGUAGACAUAUAUUAUCACUAGUGGUGGCUAGUCAAAUGAAUUCAUUACCCGACCAUUACAUCCUACACCGUUGGACCAUACAUGCUCGACAUUGUAACAUUGGGGUUGGCAACAUUGUACUUGGAAGAAAUAUCACAAGCUGUGAAGAGAAGCUUAAUUUAUUGAAAUCUUGGGCUUUAAGAGCAAAAUUCAAUAAUGCGCUCGAGCUUGCAUUUGAUUCAGAAGAGAAGAUGCAAAAACUUGAUGAUGUGCUAACAAAUUUCAUAGAAUCAGUUGAAGAAGAAGUUGGAGAAACUCAAGAUCAAAUGGUGGAUAGUUCUCAGAUUUUCGCACCCAUUUCACAUACAAUGGAGCACAUUCCUCAGAUUACAAUUCGUGAUCCUGAUAGACCUGCAAGGACUAAAGGUCGUCCACGCAAUGCUACUAGAAUCCAGUCAGGUUUAGAACAAGCACAAGAAAAGAAAGAAAGGAAGAAAUGCAUAUGUAGCAGAUGUGCAUAUGUAGCAUAUGUGAUGAACUCGGGCAUUAUAGAACUAGUUGUAAAGUCAACUUGCAAAGAUUAUGCCGCUCCGGAAAUAUUUGUUGUUGAAAUUGAACUGGUUUCUGGACAGGCCUUGAGCUGGAUGCUGAAUCACGAUCGAUAG